AUGUUUAGAAAAUUUGCAUCUGCGGUUUCAACAGUUCGCUUAGUACAGCAAAAUUUCCAGAAUAUUCCAAAGUUUAGACAAAUUUCAAUUACUAAUUCAGUUACACGAACAUUUUCUUCAUCUCCGGUGUUUAAUGUUAAGGUACAAGAAGCAGCACCCCAAUUUGAGGGAAAAGCAAUUAUUGAUGGACAAAUAAAAGAUAUAAAACUAUCAGAUUUUGCGGGAAAAUACUUGGUUUUAUUUUUUUAUCCUUUGGAUUUUACAUUUGUUUGUCCAACUGAACUAGUGUCAUUUAGUGAUCACAUUGAUGAAUUUAAAAAAAUUGGUGUAAAUAUAGUUGGAUGUUCGUGUGAUUCACAUUUUUCACAUUUAGCAUUCGUUAACACUCCUCGAAAGCAUGGUGGUUUGGGUGGUCUCUGUUAUCCACUAUUGUCAGAUUAUAAAAAGGAAAUUGCCAAAGCCUAUGAUGUUCUUAUUGAACCUGACGGCAUACCACUUCGUGGCCUUUUUAUUAUAGACCCUAAAGGAAUAAUAAGACAAAUUACCAUUAAUGAUCUGCCAGUAGGACGUAGUGUAGAUGAAGUUCUAAGACUUGUUCAAGCUUUCCAAUUUGUUGACAAACACGGAGAAGUUUGUCCCAUGAACUGGAAGCCAAAUAGUCCAACUAUUAAACCAGAUCCAAAUCUUUCAAAGGAAUAUUUUGGUAAAGUUAACAAGUGA